GGCCGACGAGCAGCGGAGCGGCCCCACGGACACCAACGUGGUGCUGCGCUCGGACGGGCGCAUCGUGUGGGACGCGCCGGCCAUCACCAAGAGCUCCUGCAAGGUGGACGUGUCCUUCUUCCCCUUCGACGGGCAGCAGUGCCGCCUCACCUUCGGCUCCUGGACCUACGACGGCAACCAGGUGGACCUGCGCCACCGGCUGGAGGCGGGCGACCUCACGGACUUCGUGGAGAACGUGGAGUGGGAGGUGCUGGGCAUGCCGGCCACGCGCAACGUGGUCACCUACGGCUGCAUGCCGCCGGCCGAGAGCGUGCCGCUCAUCGGGAAGUACUACAUCGCCACCAUGACCAUGAUCACGGCCUCCACGGCGCUCACCAUCUUCGUCAUGAGCAUCCACCACUGCGGCCCCGGCGCUCGGCCCGUGCCGCGCUGGGCCCGCAGGCUCAUCCUGCACUACAUGGCCCGCGUCUUCCUGGUCUACGAGGUGGGCGAGAGCUGCAAGGGUCCCCACAGAGCCAACACGGAGGAGCCCGGUGGCACCGGCAAUGGGACGGGCAGGGCGGAGGAGCGAGCCGGGGCACGGGGCUGCACUUGCCCCCACGGGAGCCUCCUGAGCAGCGUGGGCUACAUCGCCGGGUGCUUCCGCGAGCAGCGCGCGGCCCAGCGCCGCGCCAGCGACUGGAAGAGGGUGGCCAAGGUCAUGGACCGCUUCUUCAUGUGGGUCUUCUUCGUCAUGGUCUUCCUCAUGAGCGCGCUCAUCGUGGGCAAGGCCGUGUGA